GGUACUGCAGCUCGAGCUACGUAACUUGAAAUUUCUUUUUACAGGAGAACAGCGACAAGCGUGAAGCGCAGAAGUAAAAGUGUUCUGUGAGCGCAGAUCUAGUCGAUUUUAUUAACACUAAACAGAAGAAUAAAUAUGAAGGCAGUAAUAUUCCUGUGUUUAUUAUCGGUGUCUCUGGGCAUUGGAAAACCAACAAACGAACUAGGUACUCCAAAGCCGCUGAAUGUUACAACUACUGAUGCAAAAACACAGAAAAUCACAGAAGAAUCACCAAAGCCAGCUUUAAAUAACACUGAGCUUAAACCAAAACCCACAGAAAAUGCUCAACCCACAAAGGAAACAAUUACAGAAUCUGCUGCCAAAGAACUGUCCAGCACUACAAAACCUACCAAUUCUGAGAAUAAGACUCCUGCAAAUGAUAAGUCUGCUAAAGAAAACAAGGUUCCUGAACAAACAAAAACCCCAUCUGAAAUGAAACCUUCUGAGAAAAGCAACAACACAACCAUCAUUGAAGAAGCAACAGCAAAGAAGAAUGAAACAGUAGUUACCACACCUAAGAGUAGUGUGUCUGUUUCUACCACUGAACCAACAAAGCCUAAAGAACCUAAAGAUGAUGCAGCCAAACCAGCUCUUCAAUCAAGAGGAUUUGACGGUGCUAGUUUCGUUGGAGGCAUCAUCUUAUCGUUGGGUCUUCUUGCCAUCGGUUUCAUGGGCUUCAAAUACUACAAGAACCAAACUGAAAGAAACUACCACACUCUCUAAAAUUUAUAUAAUUGUUAUUAUAUUAUAGAUUGUAAGUGCACCAAGCAAUUUUUAGUUACAUAAGUUUAUAUUUGGUUAUUUUCUGAGAUUCGAAUUUUUAAUUUUAAGUUUCAAAGUGCACCUUUUAAAUGUAACAGGGUUUAUUAUGCAUAAUACGUGUUACUUGUGGUAGUUGAAUAUUCCUUUAUAGUUUUUAUAUUUAAGAAUAUAUUUUACGUUUGCAAUAUUUGUAUAUAAUGUGUGAUCUAAAAACGAUCUGAAGAUGUAUCUGUAAGUAAAAAAUAGAUCUGUUGAACUAAAUAAUUUUUUUAAAAAUUAUAUUGAAAAUUGAAAAAGAUUUAUAACAAUGUUGAUGUAUGGACUGCAAUUCUUAUCUUGAUCUGUGCCAUUUUCGAUUUUAUUUCAUUAAAAAAUAUGGAUAACUUUACUAUGUACCUAUUUUUCUAAAUUUCGUAUUUGCUAGAUAGAAAUAAGUGCAUAUUAUAUAAUAAGAAAAAUUAAUAUGAUCAUAAAACUUUAAUUUGGCUUAGUUUUCUGGUAGUUUCUAUGUAAUUUAAAAAACUGUUAGCCAUGUUUAUUAAACAAAUGGUUAAUGCAAUUAUUGAUUCCAUCCUCAAGUGCUCUUAAACUGAACUAUUUUGUAAAGGAUCACUCAUGUCACAUCCAACAGUUGUGUUUAAUAAAUGUUUAAAGAAAA